AUGGGCGGUCUGUGCUCCAGAGGGCCCGACAGCAAUUUCCCGCCGACCCUCGACAACUUUUCGGUUAUUAGAAGCAUUGGGAGAGGCGCGUUCGGGAAGGUUUGCAUUGUGCAGCGACGAUCUACAAAACAAUAUUAUGCCCUGAAAUAUAUGAGUAAGAGGCGGUGUAUAGAGAAGGGGGUUGCUUCAAAUGUCAUCAGAGAGUUGCGGAUUUUAACGAAGAUAUCGCAUCCGUUUAUUGUUAAUUUGUGGUAUACUUUCCAGGAUGCUUCAUAUAUGUAUAUGGUAUCUGACCUUCUAUUAGGCGGAGAUCUUCGAUUUCAUCUAAAUCAACAAGGCCGAUUUGCGGAAGAUAGAUCGAAACUCUACGUCUGUGAGCUCUCCCUAGCCAUUGAAUAUCUCCACGAACAGGGCAUCGUCCAUAGGGACAUCAAACCGGAAAAUAUCCUCCUGGAUGAGCAGGGCCAUGCCCACCUUACCGAUUUUAAUUUGGCCACCCAGCUCAGCGCCGGGGAGCGGGCGACGUCAUUUUCGGGGACUCGCCCCUAUAUGGCGCCCGAAAUUUUUGAAAGCGGACUUGGCCUUGUCAAUGGAUACGAUGAAAAAGUCGACUGGUGGUCCCUGGGAAUCACUUUUUACGAAAUGCUGCGUGGUAGAUGCCCAUAUGAACUAACAGGAGCUCAACUUCCGGAACAGGCUCUCCUAAUCCUUCGCGAAACGGCUGUACCGUACCCCACCCAUUGGCCAACCGAUUUACUAUCGUUUUUCAGCCAGCUUUUAUCUGUCGACUCACAUCGUCGUAUCCGGAAUCUUGCCGGAAUCAAGAUGCAUGCUUAUACAGCGCGCAUCGACUUCGCUUGGGUUUUGGGCAGAAAAGCCGCCCCGGUGUUUGUUCCCUGUAAAGAAGGGCUGAACUGUGAUCCCAUGCACGAAUUGGAGGAACGCAUCGUUGAAUCCACCCCGAUACACCGACGUCGAAACGGAAGGCAACGAGGUUGUAAAGAAAGCGUUACUGACCCUGCGCUGCUCGAAAUUUCUGAAUCUUUCAUUGAAUAUUCACGGAAAGAACCUCCAGCGAACUACAGCGACGACGACGAGUCUGAAGCCAGCAAGCUCGCACGUAUACAGGCCAAGUAUCCUGUGAACACCUUCAACGUGGCGGAGGACGUCGACAGGGGUACGGAGAGUAAGGGACGAUGGUUGUGGUGCAAUGCCGCUUGGUGGUAUCCCGGUCAAGACUACAAAUCCUUUAUCAAACUUGUACAAAAUCCGGAGUGCAUGGACGACCCCAACUACCAGAGCUAUCAUGAAGAUCAGCCGGCCAAUGGUUCGAAUCCGGUAUCGGCGAGCGUCCCCGCACAGCCCACCCCAAUAAUUGCCGUCGGCGUGUCAGAACAUGAUGGAUCGACAAAUGAAGAUCAAUAUCUCUUUCAUGAACGUUCCCAGAGUGCUUCAUCACUAACGGCGGAGCAGGCGUUUGUACAUAUGGUUAAGGCGAUGCUUGGCACUGGUCUUCUUUCACUUCCGCUUGCCUUCAAAUACUCUGGAUUGAUGCUGGGAUUGAUCCUGAUCGUGAUGAUCUGCGUUAUUUGCCUCUACUGCAUGCGUCAAGUCGUCUGGGCUUCACAUUUCGUUUGCUCAAGGAGCGGACGUGAACUCGUCGACUAUGCCAACAUCAUGCGUCUCGCCGUCGAGAUGGGCCCAGACUGGAUCCGAAAUCGCGGCUAUUUCUUCAAGCAACUCGUCAACGUCAACAUGUUCAUCGCGCAGCUCGGCUUCUGCUGCGUCUAUUUCGUGUUUAUGGCGGAUAAUUUGGAAGAUUUCUUCCGUACAAACCUUGACGUCAAGCUGUCGAUCUCGAUGUGGAUGAUUUUGCUGUUGGUUCCGAUUUUGGCGAUCUGCUCGAUCCGCCGCUUGAGCAUCUUGGCGCCGUUUGCGAUGGCUGCAAAUGUUGUGUACCUGGCUGCUGCCGGGAUUGUGCUUUACUUCUUCUUUACAAAUCUACGGCCCAUCGAUUCCCUUCCUUGGUUCGGCAAGAUCACCGAUUUGCCGCUUUUCUUUGGAACCGUCAUGUUCGCGUUUGAAGGAGUGGCUGUGAUCAUGCCCAUUGAAAACCGUAUGCACCAGCCUGGCGACUUCAUUCGUUGGAAUGGUGUCCUCAACUCUUCAUGCAUGGUUGUGCUGGCAAUUUUUGCAAUGACCGGAUUCUACGGCUACCUGGCUCUCGGCGAUACCGUCAAGGACACUGCCACCCUCAACUUGCCCCUAACACCUUUUUACCAGACCUUGAAGAUCAUGUUCGUCCUCUGCAUCAUGAUCUCCUACCCGCUCCAGUUCUACGUCCCGAUGGAAAGAGUCGAGAAAUGGGUGACCAGGAAGAUUCCGGCCGAGAAGCAGACGCUCUACAUCUAUGCCGCACGGUUUGGAGGAGUGAUGCUGACUUGUAUGCUAGCGGAAGCGAUUCCUCAUCUGGCCCUGUUCAUCUCGUUGAUUGGCGCUUUCUCUGGUGCUUCAUUGGCUUUGGUCUUCCCGCCUUGCAUCGAGCUUUUGGUCCUCUACGCACAACGCCGUCUCGACCUCUUCGCCUGGCUGAAAAACGGCUUCCUGCUGACCUUUGCGCUGAUCGGCUUCUCCACCGGCACCUACUCUGCCCUCUCCGAAAUCAGCCAAAAACUUUUCCACGAAACCGCC